UAUAUUAAAUACAACUAUAUUUUUAAAAACUGGUAGGUACCUGAUAAUAAGCAGUUUCUAAUAGAGUUAUCAAAUGGUAAUAUGGCUCGCAGCAGCGUGUUAAGAGUAGAGAAGAAUACAUGGGGUUGUGGAAUAACAUUUAUAAGUGAACCUGAAGAAAAAAGGGUAUUACAGAUCACACGUGUGAGUAUUUUGUACAAUACAAUACUCUUGUAAACUCCACUAUUUCGCCACAUUUAAUUUAUACGAACCAAGUGCAGUUGCUCAAAAUAUUCGAGACAAAGAAGUAAAGAUAUUCUACAAAGAAAACACUGCAUUAAAUCUAGAAAAAGAACAUUGUCUAACAUAUCUGCAGUCUUCAAUGUUUGCAACAGUUCUUGAAGAGACUCUAAAUGGGCUACGUAUUCUAGCGGAAUGUAAUAAUGAGUUACGUAUACAUAAAACAAAGACGGAUAAACCACUGCUCCUGGCAAUGAAAUUCAAUGUGAAACAACCUGAUACAACUGACGAGUUGGAUGGGAUUGACCAUCAGAACCUUGGUUGCAUGGAGUAUAAAUUGAAGAAAUUAGUUGCCGAUAGAAAAUAUUUGGCCAACGUUAUGAUCUCGACUUACACGGAACUAGCUCUUCACAACAGCUUUCAAUGCCUCGUGGGCUUUGUCAAUCAAGCAGUACACCGAAAUGACCACUUGCCACUUUUGUGUGAAGAUGAAGCGAAAAACAAAAUCGUUCGUCGUGACUUAAGCAAACAGUUAAGGCAACAACGCAACCAUAUAAAAUCUGUAAUCUAUGAUACUGAUGUUAAAAUAGAUGACCUCAAGAGUCGAGUAGAAGAUUCCGUCUUAUAUUCCGAGUGCCGAAGUCGUUAUGUGGACAAUUGGCAGCUCGCUCGCACUGAACAACAUCUUCAAACUAUAAAAGAUAAGGAGACUAUUCCUUCUGAGAGCAUCGAACUCUAUAAACGAAAAAAUGAACUUGAACAAAGGAUCCACUCGGAGAUUGAAUUGCUUAUAAACAUUUCUAUUAAUGACACCCUUCAAAAAGUAGAUGAUUGGAUGACUAAAUAUGACAUAGAUAUGGAGGCAAUUGAUUUGAAGAUACAGUAUAAAAAGAACGAUUACCAGAACAUGCUUGAUAAGAGGGUGGAACUUGAAACCACGAUAGAGAAACAUGAUACUUUAAUUAAGGAUUGGAAGCAGUUCAAAGAAGAACGAGAAAAAGCGCGCCAAUAUCAUGAUAAGAUGACUAAAUCGGCAAUAACGGUACAGGCGUGGUGGCGUGGCUUGAUAGUCCGUCGUCAACUGGGACCUUACAAAAUUGUCAAGAAUAAGGGUUUAUCUGUAGGAGCAGCUAGAAAGAAAAAUGUUUCAUAAGCGUUUAGUUUUAAUAUUAUUUUAA